AUGAGAUUCACCGCCAUCGUCGCCUCCCUCCUCGCCGCUGGCUCGGCCGUCUCCGCCGCUCCCGUCGAAAACGACAAGCGCGAGAUGAACUUUGGCGGCAUUACCGGUCCCCUCGGCGGCCUCCUCGGCGGCGGCGCUGCCUCCGGCGUCACCGGCUCCGCCCAGAACGGCGUCGCUGACCUCUUCAAGCUCGCCGACACCAUCCUCAACAUCCCCAUCGACACCAUCCGCAAGGCCGUCGAGGGCGACCCCGCCGGCGCCGCCACCGGCCUCCUCCAGGCCAUCAUGAAGGCCGCCUCCGACGUCCCCAAGGACGCCAUGGGCCUCGUCACCCCCAUCACCAACCAGGCCACCAAAGCUGCCAAGUCGUCCUAA